GCGACGCUCCCGUUGUCAUUCUCGCGCAGACUUCAAACGCACGCGACACUAUACAUACUUCGGCAACAGAAAUUUCUAUCAACUGUUGAAAAAUCAAGAAAGUAUAAACACAAUAAUGAAGAUAACAUUAUUCAUCUUUUCUUUGCUGAGCACUUUAAGUAUCUUUUCUUCAGCAUUGGAAGCAAGUACAUAUUCUGAUAGAGAAAAUAAUGCCAAUUUAGAUUAUGCUGCUAAUAGUCGAUCUUCACAAUAUUUACCAAUGAAGAGAUAUACAUACGUCUCCGAAUAUAAAAGACUACCACUUUACAAUUUUGGCAUUGGAAAGAGAUCACGUCCAUAUGAAUUUGGUGUGGGUAGACGAAGCAAAAACUAUGGAUUUGGUGUUGGUAAAAGAUUUAAUUUUGAUGAUCAAUCCUAUGACUAUUUAUCUGAUGCAUCCUAUGAUCCAAAUCUCAACGAUUUUGAAGAUGGCCAAUCACAAUAUAAACGCAGUCCACAACGAUUUUCAUUUGGAGUUGGAAAAAGAUCAAGUGAUUCAAUAUCGUCUAUUCCCCAAUCGUUGGUCAACAAUUUAAAAAAAGAAAAAAAUAAUACACAUGAUCUUAAUUUAUAUGAAGUUUACGAUUUAAUGAGAAGGAUGAAUAAGGAAGAUGCUCUUUCGCAAAAUCCUUAAAUUCAAAAAAAUUAAAUUUAUAAUCUCAAAACAUAUUAAUUUUUAAAUCUUUUGUAAUAUUCUAAAAAAAACAGUAUUAUCAAGAAUUCUAUUUAAAUUAUUUAUAUGUUAUAUGUUUCGAAAUUUUUUAAAUCCCCUUAGUUAGGAUUUUCUUAAUAUACGAAAGCCUGAUUAAACUGAAAGUAUUUCAUUUGAAAUUAUAUAUAUAUAUUUUUUUUUUUGACUUUAGUGGAAAAAUUACAAACGCCUUAUUUAGAUAUAUGUGUAGAUAUACUGAACAUAUUUGGUAGAGUAAAAUCUAUUCUCUGAUACUACACUGACAUAACUGAACAAAUUUUAUUUAUUCUCUUUUGAUAUAAUUUAUUUAUUUAACGAUAAAUUAAUUAAAUAAUUAAUUUUUAAUUAGAAUUAAAUAAUUUUAAAUUUGAAUUAAUUUAUUACAAUUUACGAAUAUUUGACAUCCCACUUGGAAAGAUUCCCCGGAAAGUGCCCCAUGGAGGUUCUAUCAGAAUUCCGCCGAAACUUCCAACGUAAUUCCGUCGGAAUUCCAAAUAAUUUCCGAUGAGAUUCCGACGGAAUUAGGACUCUAAAAAUGGUGAAAAAAAUUAAUCGGAAUUCCGUCGGAAUCCCAUCGGAAAUUCUUUGGAACUCCGAUGGAAUUACGUUGGAAGUUCCGGCGGAAUUUUGAUAGAACCUCCAGGCGUCACUUUCCGGGGAAUCUUUCCAAGUGGGAUAUUACAUAUUUGAUUAAUAAUUGUUUCUCCUUUUAUUUAUUAGAGAUAAAACAAUGCACAUUAUCGUCAUAUCAAUGUCAUAAAAAUAAAAUUAAAAAUAAUACAUAUGUAAAUUAAACUACGUAUAUAUAUAUGAAACGCUACAAUAAAAAAUAUUACAGGAUAAUUCUUAUUCGCUGAAAAAAUUAAGCAAUCUGUUAAUCUUUGAGUGUUAUUAUUAAAAUUAUCUCGUGAAAUCACUCAAGUGUUAUAGGUAACUGUAAAUUUUUUUUUAUAAGAGUUCUAAAUUUCAGACACAUAUUUUUCUUUCUUUUAGAAGAAAAAAAAACUGCAAAAAAAAAACAUAUUCCAAUACUUAUCGUCAACCGAGGUAAUUAUGGCUGAAGGUUCUAAAAAUUAUUUAUUUUAUCAUUUAAAUAUUGUUUUGCAACAAAUAUGAAUUAAUUAAAUAUGUAUAAUUACAUAAAAAUGUAAAUAAUUUUACAGUUGCAACAUUUUACCAAAUUACUAUAAGCUUAACAAUUUUUGUUAUACGAUGAAAACCUAAAAUGAAAUAUUAUAUUUGAUUACAUUAAAAAAUUAAACAUAAAUUUUUUUUUCUAAUUUUUAUUCACUUAAAUUAAUUAUUAAGAAAAUUAUUUUUAUUUUAAAAAAUAUCGAUUCUUACUUAUGAAAAGUUAUUUCACUUCCUCCCACCUUACUUCAGCGCCACAAUUUUUACUUAUACUACAAUCCAAGAUGGACGCUAUGUUCCUCCCAUCUAAAGGUAUAUAGAGAUCAGUGUGGCUAAUGAAGAUGAGUUGAGUUGAGCAUCCAUUGCCAACUGUUGAUAAAAAAAUUUAUUUCACGUGUUCCUGAAAAAUUCAAUUUGUUAAUUUAUUAUUAAAAUUAUAAAAAAAUUUGUUUUAUUAAAAAAAUUUCUAUAUUCUUCCAGGUAAAAUGUUUUAUAAUUUCAAUAAUAUUAACAAGCUGAAAUUGUAGGAAAAUAGUGGAACAAGUGAAAUAAAUUUUUUAUCGACAGUUGGGCAUUUGCAUUAAGUUACAUUUUUGAGGUUAUGUUGCAACCCUUGAUAAUUAAAAUCAAUAAUUACCUUUGUUGACGUUAUAUUUAUAUAUUUUGUUUUUUGUACGAUUUUAUAUUAAUUUUUUUUUUAAAUAAUGAAAUAUUCUAACUUAUUUUAAAUUUCACUUUAUAUGCAAUUUACCACAAAUACUACAUAUUUGGUACUAAAAUAUAACAGUUUUAAUUAAAGAUCAUAAAUGCUAAACUAUUUGAACACAUGUUGCUUCCUGCAUUUGAACAUAGUUGCAUUUAUAUAGUCAAAUACAUAUGUAAUUAGAAUGAAAAUAUUUCUUUAAUAUUUAUAAAAUAAUGUUGGAUGAAUAUUAGAACUCAAAAAUUUUAAUAUACAAUUUAAAUGUCAUUUAUUUCUUUCAAUUUUUAGAGAAAAAAAAUUAAUUUUUAAUUGCAUUAGUAUUAAAUAAAUUAAAAAAUAUUUUUUUUUAUUCAGUCAAAUAAAAUUAUUUAUAUACUAGAAUUUAUUAUUAAAUUUAUUUAUUAUUUUAUUUAAUUAAAAUUUAUUAUCCAAAAAAAAAAGUAAAAACUUUCUUUUUAAGAAAAUGAUAAUUAUUUAUAUUUGUCGAAAAAAAUAAUUGUCCGAUGACCGUUGGUAUUGUGAUUCCCCAUAUUAAUCCUAAAAACAAAACAUUAACAAUAAAUUGUAAUUAUUAUUAUUACAAAGGAGGAAAUUGUAUUAUUUUAAUUUCAAAAUUUUGUACAAUUUAAACGUCAAAGAUGAAUUUUGUGCAAUAAUAAUUCUUUUUAUGACAAAAAGAAAUAAUUGUUUAUAUUAAAAAAAAAAAAAAAGUUUUUAUGUAUAUGCAUACGCUUGAGGCUAAAAGCAAUUUAAAUAAUGUGAAUCUCUAAGGUAAUGAGGUCAGUUCUUGAAUCCAAUUCUAUGAUUAAAUAAUUUUCUCCUCUUUGUCAAAUUUAGUUUUCAGCUGUAAAUAAUUAUCUUCAAAUAUAUCCUAAUAAUAGUAAAAUAAUUUUUUCAGAAUAUUCUGAAUAAAUAAUUUUAUUAUUCUAAAUAAUAAAUUUUCAAAAAAUAAAAUAAAAUAUUUCAUAAAAUACAAAAAAAAUAAUAAUCAGUAUAUUAUUAUAGAAAAAUUCGAAACUAUUAUUUUAUAUUUUUUUAAACAAAUAUUUGUAGAAAUUAAUAUAUUUGUUUAAUCGCAAUUAAAUCAAUUUCAUUAAAAUUUAGAUAUUCAAAGUAUAUUUAUAUUUAUUUAAAUAUUUUUUUAAAUUACCAUAUUUGUUAAAUAUUUAUAAUUUGUUAUAAAUAAAAAAACAUUUUUCCAAUUUCAAAAGUAGGAAAACCAUAAUUUUAAACGACCCUGCAUGUUUUUAGCGAAAAACAAAAUUUUAUCAACUUCGAUUUUCGAAAGCUACAUAUCUGUUCAAAAAAUAUAAGUGCAUUAAUAUAUAUAUAUAUAUAUAUAUAUAUUGUUCAAUAAGGC